CUCAGUUUGUUGUCAGUUUAUCAUGAUUUUACACACGUCUCCAAACGCAGCUACGCGCUGUAUCAAUAGUUGAACGGGGUUUUAUUUGGUUGAGUCACAUGAGGCAAAAUGGCUAACACCUGGAAGCUAAUGUUAGCUUGCUUCUAGCAGCUAUUCAAACGAGACAAGCCCGGCGAGCAGCUCACUGACCAGGAAGUGAAAACACGGAAACUUUUCCAGCUUCAGGUUUUUAAAAAGAACUACACUGGAGCAACAAUGGUGAAGAUUUUCAUUGGGAAUCUGUCUCAGCACGCUGGGAAGGAGGAAGUGGAAGCCCUGUUUGCUCAGUAUGGCACUGUGACAGAGUGUGCCAAGUACAAAAACUAUGCUUUUGUCCACAUGGAAGAUCGCAAGUCGGCCACCAAAGCCAUCCGUGAGCUCUGCAAUUAUAAGCUGAAUGGCAGGCCCAUCAACGUGGAGCCCAGCAGAGGGAAGAACAGCCAGGGACCUGUGAAGCUCCACAUAGCCAAUGUCGAAAAGGGCUUCGACAAAGAGCUCCGUGAGCUUUUUGAAGAGUACGGCACCGUCACGGAGUGUGCCAUUGUCAAGAACUUUGCCUUUGUGCACAUGCCCAAUUCAGAUGAGGCUAUGGAUGCCAUACAGGGCCUGGACAACACAGAGUUUCAAGGAAAGCGCAUCCAUGUUCAGAUCUCAAAAAGCAGACCCAGAGGGGCACCAGAGGAGGAGGACUAUCCUCCUCCACCUGGCAGAGGAGGCUAUUAUCCUCCUCCCUACCCAAUGGAUAGACCGGAGCCUCCCUACAGAGGCCGCAUGCCUGCGUACCCUCCCCCACCUCCGAUGCCUGCUCCCCCUAGACGAGCGCCCUACCCUGACCGUGGAUACGGUGAGCGUGCCAGCUAUGGGAUGGUUGAUUACUAUGAGAAAUACAGAACCCGCCUAGAUGGCCCGUCAGGCUAUGAUGACAGGCGUUCCAGCGCUAUCCCGCCACCGCCGCCUCCCCCCUCAGCGCUGCUUAGAGAACGCCUCGGAAUGGGGCAGCAUGACCCAUAUGAGCGCCGUAUGCCUCCCCCUCCACCUGCUCCCAUGAUGAGGGACCGCAGCCCCAUCAGACGAGCACAGGUUCCACCUGCCCCGUCAGCUGGUAAUGGGUAUGGAUACGAGCGGUCCCGGCUCUCCCCGGUGUCCAGACCUCCGAUGUAUGCAGCCCCUCGUCCCAGGGACACCUACACAGACAGAGUGCCUUUGCCACCACCACCACCACCACCCCCCCGAUAUGCAGGCUAUUAGGUCUGCGAGAGUGUAAUACAAGGUUUAGAAUAUGACAAGAUCGUCGUUGUCUGCUGAUGCACGUGGCGCUAUGCAUCCCCCCUCGUCUAUGGCGGAUUGCGUUGCGUUCGCCUGAGACUUACUGGAAGAUACUGUAUUGCGGACAGCCCCGUACUAAAAAAAAAACAACCGAUACCAUGUCUACAGUUCACGUAUUCUUCUGAGCUGUUCAUGCCUUUUUUUCCCCCUUCUGCUUGUUUUACUGUUCAAAUCCUUCAACAUGGUUUUGCAGAAAAGGAUGCUGGUUUAGGUGCUUAGUCUCUUUCAGUGUGACGCAGUGCUGUUAAUGGCCAUAUACACUCUGCUCUUCAGUCCUUUUUUUUUUUUUUUAAAUGGAUACGGCCUCUGGGAAACUGACAUAAUUUCAUAACAAGGGAAAUCAUGUAAUGAAAUUAUAUGUAGUCUUUGUACACAAAAUUUGUUGACACUAAGGUUGUUGGUUGAUGAAGAAAUGCUCAUCAAAGUAAGUUUAAAAGAUUUUUAGUGUCGAGGCUUUAAUAUAAUACUUGGUGUAGAAGGUUGUACAGUAAUCUGAGAUUUGCGACAUAUGUUAGCAUGACAAAUCAAAAGUUCCAGUGUGGUUUUGUUCUUUUUACUCUUUGUGUUAUCUUUUCUUGCGGAAAUAGAAUCCAUAGCUGCACCGUUAUGUAUGAUUUUAUUUACCCUACCAGUUGCUUUUCAUUUGAAGGCUUUUUAAUAAAAAAAAUCAAACCAACA